AGGGAAUGCACGGACUUGGGGGAGUCCCAUCUAACGCCCAAGUCUUUGGAGAGUUACAGUCACAGGACGACUGUCUCCACUUCUGCUAAGGAAGGAGUGUGUGGAGGGGAAGUUGGGAAGCUGCAAGGCACACCUCUGCCCAGGUGCCAGCUACCUGGCCCACGCCCGCGUUCUUUUCCGUUCAAGCUUUUGUUGUACCCUCCCCACGUGUGAGGACUCCGGGUCGAGGGGGGGGGGCAGGUGGAGCGUGGCAUCACCGCGGGCUUCACGGACCUGGGUUGCAGAAGUCACACUUCUAUCGGAAAAAAAAAAAUCCACCCAAGUGGGCUACCAAGGUGAACCGUUCCCACCUUAAAAUCAGCCCCAGUCGUGACGUCAGGUCGGAAAUAUACCAAAGCGAGCGCGGGCCAGGAGUCCGGGGAGCGCGGCGGCUCGGCGAUUGGACCGCGGGCCGCUGACGCGGGCUGACGCGCGCAGACUUUAGGUGCAUGUUGGCAGCAGCAGCGCGAGCCACAUAAACAAAGGCACAUUGGCGGCCAGGGCCAGUCCGCCCCGCGGCUCCGCACGGCUCCGCGUCCUUCUCUCCUGCCCCGCCGGCUGCCUCCCUCUCUCGCGGCCGGGCUGGCUGCGUGUGGCUCUCCGCGCCUCGCUCCCGCAGCGCUCCCGCGGACCCGGGCUCCUCCGCUUCCCGGAGGGAACUGCACUUCGGCGGAGUUGAAUGAAUGAAGAGAACGGAGAAGGAGAUCUGACGGGCUGGAUUCCCAAUAGCUCUUUUUAAAAAAAAUCUUGGAAACUUUGUCCUUCGCUGAAUUACGACACUGUCCACCUUUAAUUUCCUCGAAAACUCCAAUAACUCGGCUGAAGCCAUGCCUUGUGUUCAGGCGCAGUAUGGGUCCUCGCCUCAAGGAGCCAGCCCCGCUUCUCAGAGCUACAGUUACCACUCUUCGGGAGAAUACAGCUCCGAUUUCUUAACUCCAGAGUUUGUCAAGUUUAGCAUGGACCUCACCAACACUGAAAUUACUGCCACCACUUCUCUCCCCAGCUUCAGUACCUUUAUGGACAACUACAGCACAGGCUACGACGUCAAGCCACCUUGCUUGUACCAAAUGCCCCUGUCCGGACAGCAGUCCUCCAUUAAGGUAGAAGACAUUCAGAUGCACAACUACCAGCAACACAGCCACCUGCCCCCUCAGUCCGAGGAGAUGAUGCCACACAGCGGGUCGGUUUACUACAAGCCCUCUUCGCCCCCGACACCCAGUACCCCGAGCUUCCAGGUGCAGCAUAGCCCGAUGUGGGACGAUCCAGGCUCCCUUCACAACUUCCACCAGAACUACGUGGCCACUACGCAUAUGAUCGAGCAGAGGAAGACACCUGUCUCCCGCCUUUCACUCUUCUCCUUUAAGCAGUCGCCCCCGGGCACUCCUGUGUCUAGCUGCCAGAUGCGCUUCGACGGGCCUCUGCACGUCCCCAUGAACCCGGAGCCCGCGGGCAGCCACCACGUAGUGGAUGGGCAGACCUUCGCCGUGCCCAACCCCAUUCGCAAGCCGGCAUCCAUGGGCUUCCCGGGCCUGCAGAUCGGCCACGCGUCGCAGUUGCUUGACACGCAGGUGCCCUCGCCGCCGUCCCGGGGCUCUCCCUCCAAUGAGGGUCUGUGCGCUGUUUGCGGUGACAACGCGGCCUGUCAGCACUACGGGGUUCGCACUUGUGAGGGCUGCAAAGGUUUCUUUAAGCGCACGGUGCAAAAAAACGCGAAAUAUGUGUGUUUAGCAAAUAAAAACUGCCCAGUGGACAAGCGCCGCCGAAAUCGUUGUCAGUACUGUCGGUUUCAGAAGUGCCUAGCUGUUGGGAUGGUUAAAGAAGUGGUUCGCACGGACAGUUUAAAAGGCCGGAGAGGUCGUUUACCUUCGAAGCCGAAGAGCCCACAGGAUCCCUCUCCCCCCUCACCUCCGGUGAGUCUGAUCAGUGCCCUUGUCAGAGCCCACGUCGACUCCAAUCCGGCGAUGACCAGCCUGGACUACUCCAGGUUCCAGGCAAACCCUGACUAUCAGAUGAGUGGAGAUGAUACCCAGCACAUCCAGCAGUUCUACGAUCUCCUGACUGGCUCUAUGGAGAUCAUCAGAGGCUGGGCAGAGAAGAUCCCUGGUUUUGCUGACCUGCCCAAAGCCGAUCAGGACCUGCUUUUUGAAUCAGCUUUCUUAGAAUUAUUUGUUCUGCGCUUAGCAUACAGGUCCAACCCAGUGGAGGGUAAACUCAUCUUUUGCAGUGGGGUGGUCUUGCACAGGUUGCAAUGCGUUCGUGGCUUUGGGGAAUGGAUUGAUUCCAUUGUUGAAUUCUCCUCCAACUUGCAGAAUAUGAACAUCGACAUUUCUGCCUUCUCCUGCAUUGCUGCCCUGGCUAUGGUGACAGAGAGACACGGGCUCAAGGAACCCAAGAGAGUGGAAGAGCUACAAAACAAAAUUGUAAAUUGUCUUAAAGACCAUGUGACUUUCAAUAACGGGGGCUUGAAUCGACCCAACUACCUGUCUAAACUGUUGGGCAAGCUACCAGAACUCCGCACUCUUUGCACGCAGGGGCUUCAGCGCAUUUUCUACCUGAAAUUGGAAGACUUGGUACCACCGCCAGCAAUAAUUGACAAACUUUUCCUGGACACCUUACCUUUCUAAGACCUUCUCCCAUGCACGUCAAAGAACUGGAAUGAAAAAAAAAAAAUCAGCCAGAGGGGGCUGGUCACAUGGGCAGAGAGCUGGCUGAAGUGUCCAGUUCAUCUCAUCUCCCUUCUGUAGACCCUUAGCCCUCACCCCUAAAGUAAACAAACAAACAGACAAACAAAAACACAAAUAAAAACUGUCGCUAUUUCCUAACCUGCAGGCAGAACCUGAAAGGGCAUUUUGGCUCCGGGGCAUCCUGGAUUUAGAAAACGGACAGCACACAGUACAGUGGUAUAAACUUUUUAUUAUCAGUUCAAAAUCAGUUUGUUGUUCAGAAGAAAGAUUGCUAAUGUAUGAUGGGAAAUGUUUGGCCAUGCUUGUUUGUUGCAGUUAAGACAAAUGUAAGACACACACACACACACACACACACACACACACACACACACACACACACACACCUUAAUGGGACCAUCAUAAUUGCCCUUUAACAAGACUUAAAGUUUUCUGCUGUAAAGAAAGCUGUAAUAUAUAGUAAAACUAAAUGUUGCGUGGGUGGCAUGAAUUGAAGGCAGAGGCUUGUAAAUUUAUCCAAUGCAGUUUGGCUUUUUAAAUUAUUUUGUGCCUAUUUAUGAAUAAAUAUUACAAAUUCUAAAAAGUAAGUGUGUUUGCAAAAAAAUAACUACAUAAAAAGGGGGCAAGCAUGUGAUUCUAGGUUGAAGAUGUUAUAGGCACUUGCUACUCAGUAAUGUCUAUAUUAUAUAAAUAGUAUUUCAGACACUAUGUAGUCUGUUAGAUUUUAUAAAGAUUGGUAGUUAUCUGAGCUUAAACAUUUUCUCAAUUGUAUAAUAGGUGGGCACAAGUAUCAAUACAUUGGAAAAUCCUGGCAAAAGGGACACAUAGUGUUUGUAACGCCGUCCAACAUUCCUUGUUUGUAAGUGUUGUAUGUACGAUUGAUGUUGAUAAAAGAAAGUUUAUAUCUUGAUUAUUUUGUUGUCUAAAGCUAAACAAAACUUGCAUGCAGCAGCUUUUGACUGUUUCCAGAGUGCUUAUAAUAUACAUAACUCCCUGGAAAUUACUGAGCACUUUGAAUUUUUUUGUUUUUUUUAUGUCUAAAAUUGUCAGUUAAUAUAUUAUUUUAUGUUUGAGUAAGAAUUUUAAUAUUGCCAUAUCCUGUAGUAUUUUCUUUGUAUAUUUCUAGUACGGCACACGAGAUGAGUCACUGCCUUUUUUUUCUAUGGUGUACGACAGUUAGAGAUGCUGAUUUUUUUUCCCUGAUAAAUUCUUUCUUUAAGAAAGACAAUUUCAAUGUUUACAACAAUAAACCACGUAAAUGAACGGAA